AUGGUUUGUCACGCGGCCCAAGCCAAAACUCUAUGUACCCGUCGUGUGGCCAUCAUUGUCAGCGGAACGAUCUAUGUGUGUAUGACACUGUUAGCUAUUCCGUCUGUUAUUCGUUACAAAACCGUAUCCUGCCACGACCCCCAUCAUAAUAAAACUGUUUAUAAUAUUGUAGUCACCGAUUUGUGGAUGAAUGAAACAUUUGUAGUGGCUUAUAACUGGACGCAAAAUCUACUUCGAUCGGUGAUACCAUUCUUGGUGUUAAUAAUCCUAAAUACUUACAUCAUUAACGCCCUUCGAAAGACGCGGGCGAAUCGACGCUUUUCGGCGCGAAAUCGUAUCACAUUCAUGCUAAUAAUGGUUAUCGUCGUUUUUGUCGUCUGCAUCACGCCAGACGCUAUCAUGUCCACUUGUUUCGGCUUCGGCUACUACGAUGCCAACCUUCUCGUGAAAGGCAUUCGGGAAUUUACAGACACCUUACUGACGGUGAACGCCGCCUUGAACUUUGUGUUGUAUUGCCUAUUUAACAAAAAUAUUCGUGACCAUUUUCGGACAAUUUUUUGCCGCGGUUAUGUGGAGCGGCGAGUCGCUCACGAACCCGACGAAAGCGAGUAUAGACGCCUGUCAGACCAAAAAAAUCACCAAUCCACAACAACCAUGACACCAAUUCAGAAAAGUGCAACAACACAUGUGUAA